AUGCCCAACGACGACGCCUUCAGCAAGCCCUCUACGCCGUCGGAGGCUCCGCACGCCCCGGGGGCACCGCCGCAGGGCAAGGCUGGAGGCUUCGGCAAGGCGGCCGGAGCACUGCUUGGGACGGCCGGCGGCUCGGGCGCCGGGGGCAGCGGCGGCGGCUCCGGGGCGACUGGCGUGGGCGCCGCGAACAAGAAGUCCCCACGGCUGCCCAAGUGUGCGCGCUGCAGGAAUCACGGCUACGCGUCGCCGCUCAAGGGCCACAAGCGCUUCUGCAUGUGGCGGGACUGCCAGUGCAAGAAGUGCAACCUGAUUGCCGAGAGACAGCGCGUGAUGGCCGCGCAGGUGGCCCUGAGAAGGCAGCAGGCCCAGGAGGAGGAACUGGGCAUCAGCCACCCGAUCCCGCUGCCCAGUGCUGCCGAGCUGCUUGUGAAGAGAGAGAACAGCGGCAGCAACCCGUGCCUCAUGACUGAGAGCAGCAGCUCCUCGCAGCCUCCGCCGGCCAGCACCUCCAACACUGCAGCCUCAGAGGGGCGUAUGGUCAUCCAGGAUAUUCCUGCUGUCACCAGCAGAGGGCACGUGGAGAACACACCUGACCUGGUUUCAGACUCCACCUACUACAGCAGCUUUUACCAACCAUCUCUGUUCCCGUACUACAACAAUCUGUACAACUACCCGCAAUACUCCAUGGCCCUGGCUGCCGAUUCUUCUUCUGGGGAGGUGGGAAGUCCCCUCGGGGGAUCCCCAGUGAAGAACACCCUUCGGAGCCUCCCAGCACCUUACGUGCCUGGUCAGACUGGAAACCAGUGGCAGAUGAAAAACCCAGAGAACCGCCACCCCGUGAGUUCGCAGUACAGGAUGCAUUCUUACUACCCACCUCCUUCUUACCUGGGCCAGAGCGUUUCGCAGAUCUUCACAUUUGAGGACGGCCCGUCGUACUCGGAAACCAAAGCAAGUGUAUUCUCGCCGCCCAGCAGCCAAGAUUCUGGCUUGGUUUCCCUCUCCAGCAGCUCUCCCAUUAGCAACGAGAGCACAAAGGGAGUGCUCGAAUGUGAGUCUGCGUCGGAGCCCAGCAGCUUCACCGUCACUCCUGUCAUCGAGGAGGACGAGUGA